AUCUGGCAACCCUUUACAGCACUCUUUAUAUGGCUACUGAAACUUUACAUGGGCCUUGUGGAAGGAAAAAGCUCUCUUUUAUUCUUUUCAUUCCGUAUCAGCAGUCGCUUGUUACAAAAGAAACCUAAGUGGCUAUGGAGGAGAAAAGGAAAGCCGAGAGCUUGGUAAAGCACACAGGCGGCUGCCACUGCGGCGCGAUCCGCUUUGAGGUGUGGAAUGCUGCUGAUUUGCACGUCUUUGAUUGCAAUUGCAGUAUUUGUACCAAGAAACAGAACCGCCAUUUUAUUGUUCCCAAGGCCCACUUUACGUUGCUUCAGGGCUCAGAGAACAUAACCACGUACACCUUCAACACACACACAGCCAAGCACACCUUUUGCAAGAUAUGCGGCGUGCAGAGUUUCUACACCCCUCGAUCCAAUCCUGACGGCUUUGGUGUGGCUCCGCAUUGCCUGGAUCCUGGAACCGUAAAGAGUGUGACUGUUGAACGGUUCUGUGGUGAGAACUGGGAGGAGAGCAUGCAGAAACACACCACUAUCAGGAAUAUGUCCAAGCCUAAAGAAGAAGCCAAAUAAGCACAAAUACACAAAUAUGACCUUUAAAAUAAAUAUAUAUUAACGUGAUCAACGACAGGCUUCACUUAAGGAAUGGUUCAGAAAGCAGAGGUGUAGAAUGGGAUCCUUUCUGAGUUAAUACAGGUGUCUUAAAGCACAGCUGGAAUACAGAUCCUGUGUAUUAAAUUGCGGUAUUACUCACACCGUGUACUUGGAAAGUAAACGCCCUUAAAUCCAGAGAAAUAUUAUUGCAUUAUCAGCAGCAUCACAAAACACCAGUUGGUCCAAAGUUCAUCUGAACUUGUUUAUUCUUAAAUCUUAACAUUUGAAAGAAAUAACAUUGACACAAACUAUUUACAAAGUGUAUUCAGCUAACAAGUUGGUACAGUACACAAAGUCUUGUCCAAAGCAGAUUAAAAACACUGAACGUGCACUUUAUUAGGAACAUCUGCGUAUUUUAUACGGUCAAUCGUUCAAUCACAUGGCAUUAGAGCGAUGCAUAAAAUCCUACAGAUGAAGGUUAAGAGCUUCAGGUCAUUUUCCACUUCAGGGAAGAAUAAAGAAAAUUCUGAUUUCUGUGACUGUGUGGUUGUUGGUGCCAGAUGAGCUGGUUUCCGAAACUGCUGACCUCCUGGGAUUUUGACACACAGCAGUCUGUGGAGUUUACACAGUAAAAGUCCUGUGAAUCGUGUGUGCAUGACAUUUUUGCAUUGCUCUGAUGCCACAUUCUUGGCUGAGGUAUACCGGUGUUCCUAAUAAAAUGCACAGCCUAUACACGUGUAUAUGGCCUUCUACUUGAACAGGUUAUAUAGUGUUGAACAUUUUAAAGCCCAGGAAGAACGGAACUGUAAAAGUGACGUGGCGUUAAAAAGAAAUAAACAAAACACAGAAUAUAAAAAAAUAAGAAUUUCAGUAGCUUGUGCGUGUAGGACUUUCUUAUUAGAACGAAAUAGUAAAUAAAACAAAAUCAGUGCUUUAGUUUGGAAAGUGUACUUCAAUUAGAGCUCGUUCCCUUUAGUAGAAUCUCACGUCGUUUUUCUCCACGGGCACGGCUCGGAAGGUGUUGACGAACAUGUAGCGUGAGAACAGAAUGUAGAGGUGUCUGAACCAGAGGAGCUGCGAGCGGUGAUGAAACAUGGCCUCCUGAUCGAGGAAGAGAGAUAGGAAUUAAUACAUAACAGGCUUACAGGUUUCAGCAUGCACAGGUUAGAAGUAUAAAACCAAAUGUGUUGUGAAACAAUUGUGUUGAGAAUGCUAGAUGGGCACACACACACACACAACUGCCAGGACUAAACAACGAACCAUCUACAUAAUACUGAUAAGUUUCCUUUAGCACAGCCUGUGAGAUUGAACCUUUGUGCAGGGUAAAUGGCUGUUAAUAAUUACAAACCUUAUGACUAAGAGUUUAACAUGCUAGAAAGUUCCAGGAGUUCACUUUCCUUUCCAACAUCGUGUACAUAACCCCGAUAAUGGCUUCUAGGCCGUUUACUGGGUUUGCUUUUCAGACUUUCAGGCUUUUAAUCUCCUCAGAAAAGCAGAGAGACGAAGCUAUAAAAAGCUUCCUGGAAGCUGGUUAAAAAGAUGAGUAAAACUUCAUCAGGAACAGUUUUCAUUUGUCUUAUACUUAAUUGCAUAAUUCCAUAUGCAUUCUUUCAUAGUUUUAAUAAUUAUUAUUCUAGAAGAAGAUAGUACAAAAUGAAGACAACUUUAUUAGGUGCACCUAAGCCAAGCACGGUGCAAAACAUCGUGCGGAUAGAGGUCAAGAGUUUCUGUUAAAGUUCAUCAAAAUAAAGAAAACUUUCUCUGGGACUUUAACCGUGUCUUAGUUGUCAGUACCAGAUGGUUUGAGUAUUUCAAAAAACUGCUGAUCUCCUGGGAUUUUCACAUACAGCAGUCAGUUUAUACAGAACGAUGCAAAAGCGGCCAGAAUGGCCAGAUUGGUUUGAGCUGCCUGGAAGGACAAAGUAACUCGAAUAAUCCCACAGCCCAUCUGGUACCAACAACCCUGUCAUAAUCCAGACAGCUCACACUUUUUCCCAUGUUCUGAAGUUUAAUGUGAGCAUUACCCGACAUGUAUUGAUUCCUGUAUGACUGAUUGAUUCGUGAAUGUACAAGGUGUAUAUGUGUUCCUAAUAAAGUGGAUGGUGAGUGUACAUCGUAAUAAAGAAACCAAAAAUAGUUCCAUGUCUUCUAUGUAGCAUAUUUAGAAAGCUCACCUUAGC